ACAGGCAUAAAUGUUUACAUAUUGUUGUAGAGUUUGAAUGCUAACCGAUACUAUUAAUUAUGCCUGUACUUCUAUCAACCAAUUGUUCUAUUUGACACUUUUUUUAUUUUCGUAAUUCGAUUUUAUAAUGAAUGAAGAAACUGUGUGGCAAGAACUAUCGGAAAUACUUGCUGAUCCUCCAGAAGCGAGAGAUAAAUGUUCGCAAUGCAAAAGACCAGUGCCAGUAUGUUGGUGUCCAGGAUUACCAAAGCAUCCUGUGAAUCCUUCAUCGAGAAUAAUAAUUUUACAGCAUCCAGCUGAAGCAAAACGUUGUUUGCGAACUGCACCUAUGCUUGCAUUAGGUCUGGAACCUGGCAAGUGUGCAAUUUUCAGGGGAAAGAAAUUUCCAUUACAUAAACAUGAUGGAUUAACAGAAAUUUUAAAUGAUAAAAAUACUGUAUUACUGUAUCCAUCUCCUGAUGCUGUAGCACUUGAUCAAUUAAAUCCAAUUGGUAGAAAUGGACAAAAGCCUUAUAAUCUUAUAUUGUUAGAUGGAACUUGGCCACAAGCAAAGGCAAUAUAUCAUUCAAGUCCAGCACUUUCUAAUUUACGAGCUUGUAAAUUAGUUGGUGUUCCAACAAGUGAAUAUGUUAUUAGAACACAACCAACUGAAGGUUGCUUGUCUACACUUGAAACUGGUGCAAUUGCACUUUCUAUUCUGGAAGGUGAUUCAGAAUUGAAAGAUAAAAUGCUUGGACCCCUACAUUAUCUAUGCAGGUUUCAAUUAGAAAACGGGGCUGUAACUCAUCAGAGUAAGGAAUUUUUAAUUAAACAAAAGGCUUAUCCCAAACUUAUAGGACGGAGAUUAGCUAAGCAGUUACGUAUGCUACCUGAAGAAUCUACGUAACAUUUUCUGUCUAAUAGUUAAAAAUAAUAGAUAAAGUACUAAUUAUAGAUAUUAUGAGAUUCAUUCUAUAACAUAUGUUUAAUUUUGAUAAACAUGUACAGGGACAGUAUUUCGUAAAGAUAAACAAAUUAUAUAAAUAAGCAUCGUCUUUAAUUUAAAGACACAUAUUUUUAUAAAUAUUACGUCACGUUAUUUCAUAGUUUUGGUCAAUAUAUGAAAAUCAAAUUUCAUAUUUCCAUGUUGUGGCAUAAAGGCGAAUGACCAUUGAAGAACA